CCACCCUCUACCCCCAUCUCUUUGUGAUUUCUGGGUCUUUCAUUCAUCCGCUUUUGCUCUUCUGGACGAAAUACCAUGUUUCUCUUGGAGCAUCCAUUCCUCGGUCAGUUUUCUUUUUGACCCCAUCCCCCCUCCUGCAGUCAUCUUUCUGACCUUGGCCCCCAAGCCCCACUUUCUUGGGGCUGACUCUCCGGGGGGGAAUGAUUUUGAGAGGCAAAUGAGGUCUUGGGUUCCCUGCACAUCAGCAGUUCCUGCCGGAUGGAUCGCUGAACCUCAUUUAGAGCGGCAGCUGUCCCCCCAGGUGCUCUGCCUUUUUCAGAAGACAGCAGGUGCCCAGAGAACCAGCUGGAGGGGGGAGCACGGCCCAGGGCCCCGGGGCACCAAAGUGGCAAAACGGCAGCCGCUGGGCAGGCUGAGCUGGCAUUUCUGACCUUUGCGGAGAGAGGGCGUCCUUAAAGGGACAGCGAGCUCUUUUCUUUCCUGGUGGCCGGCUGCCAGUUCAGAUGCCAGGGAUUUGAAGAGGCCAUUGUUCCGGCAGUGGAAGAUGGGGGCCCAGACCGCCCAGUCUUUUUUUCUUUUCCCGUUACCAACCGCGUGUCCCCCUCUGAUGUGCAGCCUGUCAAGUGUGGAGGGACGGUGAGCUGUCUUCAGUCACCCACCCUCCCCUCCUCCUCCGCAGUCAGAAGGCAGCCUCAGUCACCAAGGCUAAAGAACAGACUAGCCCUCACACAGCCUCCGGCUCCCCCUCCCCCAGGGCAGCCGCUCUAGUGGAGAAUGAAUGGUCUCUGCAGGCUGCAGUGAGGUGCCCCAUGAGUUGUUUACUUGUCCAGGUGAAGCAACAGGACUGGUUUUCUACAAAGUGCCUUUUGUGAACCGCCGUCACUGGAACCACCUUAGGUGCUUGUUACAACUGUACGUUCUAGGUUCCGGUUCUAGAACCUCCGGGGCCCCAGAAUCUGAAUAGCAACAAGCACACCACAGCUUGAGAACCACUAACUCAGUACUUUGGACACCUGGCUGGCCAUCUGAAUCAUGUGGGGACAUGUGGAAUCAGACUGUCUGGGUGGGGCUCAUGAAUUUGAGCAAGGGAGCCUCUCUUUAGUGGUUAAGAGCAGAUACCCUGGAGCUGGUGCACUGGGUUUGAAUCCUGGCCCCACCAGCUACUAUCUCUAUGAUCUUGGCACUGCCAGUAACUCAAACCGCAGCACGCCGGCCUGCUCCCCCAUCCUCCGGAAACGGUCUCGCUCGCCAACCCCGCAGAGCCCGGACGGAGACACCAUGGUGGAGAAGGGCUCAGACCACUCCUCGGACAAGUCCCCGUCCACGCCGGAGCAGGGCGUCCAGCGCAGCUGCUCCUCGCAGUCCGGCCGGAGUGGCGGCAAAAAUUCCAAGUCUCACAAGCGCCUCUCAAAAUAUGACAGACUUAACCUGAUCAAAAAAAGCCAGAGUUGGUAUAACGUAUUAAGCCCAACUUACAAGCAGAGAAAUGAAGACUUCAGAAAGCUCUUUAAGCAACUUCCAGACACGGAGCGCCUCAUUGUUGAUUACUCAUGUGCACUCCAAAGAGACAUUCUUCUUCAGGGCCGACUCUACCUCUCUGAAAAUUGGAUCUGCUUCUAUAGCAACAUCUUCCGCUGGGAAACUCUGCUGACUGUCCGUUUGAAAGACAUCUGCUCCAUGACUAAAGAAAAAACAGCUCGCCUCAUUCCCAAUGCCAUCCAAGUUUGCACUGACUCAGAAAAGCACUUUUUCACUUCAUUUGGAGCCCGGGAUAGGACGUACAUGAUGAUGUUCCGGCUCUGGCAGAACGCACUCCUCGAAAAGCCCCUGUGUCCCAAGGAGCUCUGGCACUUUGUUCACCAGUGCUAUGGGAAUGAAUUGGGCCUUACCAGUGACGACGAGGACUACGUGCCCCCCGAUGACGACUUCAACACUAUGGGCUACUGUGAGGAGAUCCCCGUGGAAGAGAAUGAAGUGAAUGACAGCUCGUCGAAAAGCAGCAUCGAGACCAAGCCAGAUGCCAGUCCUCAGCUACCCAAGAAAUCCAUCACCAACAGCACGCUGACAUCCACAGGGAGCAGCGAAGCCCCCGUGUCGUUUGAUGGCUUGCCCCUGGAGGAGGAGGUGCUGGAUGGCGAUGGGUCCCUGGAGAAGGAGCUUGCCAUUGACAACAUCAUCGGGGAGAAGAUGGAGAUCAUCGCACCCGUGACCUCCCCUUCGCUGGACUUCAAUGACAACGAGGACAUCCCCACCGAGCUCAGUGACUCUUCCGACACCCAUGAUGAAGGGGAGGUCCAGGCCUUCUACGAGGACCUGAGUGGUCGGCAGUACGUGAAUGAAGUCUUCAACUUCAGUGUGGACAAGCUCUAUGACCUGCUGUUCACCGACUCGCCCUUCCAGCGGGACUUCAUGGAGCAACGGCGGUUCUCCGAUAUCAUCUUCCAUCCGUGGAAGAAGGAAGAGGAUGGCAACCAGAGCCGAGUGAUUCUCUAUACCAUCACCCUCACCAACCCUCUGGCUCCUAAAACUGCCACUGUCAGGGAGACACAGACCAUGUACAAGGCGAGCCAGGAGAGUGAAUGUUACGUGAUAGACGCCGAGGUCCUCACGCACGACGUGCCCUACCACGACUACUUCUACACCAUCAAUCGCUACACCCUCACCCGCGUGGCUCGGAACAAGAGUCGACUCAGGGUCUCCACAGAGCUGCGCUAUCGAAAACAGCCCUGGGGGUUAGUGAAGACCUUCAUCGAGAAGAACUUCUGGAGUGGGCUGGAGGACUACUUCCGCCACCUGGAGAGCGAGCUGACCAAAACGGAGAGCACCUACCUGGCUGAGAUGCACAGACAGUCUCCCAAAGAGAAGGCCAGCAAGCCCCCAACGGUACGGAGGAGGAAGCGCCCCCAUGCUCACCUGCGGGUGCCUCACCUGGAAGAGGUGAUGAGCCCCGUCACCACACCCACUGAUGAAGAUGUGGGCCACAGGAUCAAACACGUGGCAGGUUCCACGCAGACACGGCAUGUCCCCGAGGACACCCCUAACGGCUUCCACCUGCAGAGUGUGUCCAAGCUGCUGCUGGUUAUCAGCUGUGUGAUCUGUUUCAGUCUGGUGCUGCUGGUCAUCCUUAACAUGAUGCUCUUCUAUAAACUCUGGAUGUUGGAAUACACCACCCAGACCCUCACUGCCUGGCAGGGUCUGAGGCUCCAAGAAAGGGGUCUGGGAGCACAGGAGAGUCCACUGAGCAUAACUCCAGCUGCCAGGGUACCCCUUCUUCUACCCCACAGGUUACCCCAGUCUCAGACAGAAUGGGCCCAGCUCUUGGAGUCCCAACAAAAGUACCACGAUACUGAGCUCCAAAAAUGGAGGGAGAUCAUCAAAUCCUCAGUGAUGCUUCUUGACCAGAUGAAGGACUCUCUCAUCAAUCUUCAGAACGGCAUCAGGUCCCGCGACUACACAUCAGGAAGUGAAGAGAAGAGGAACCGCUAUCACUGACCAGGCAGGAGCAGGGGUGGCUGCAAGAGGCCUGUGCAAUACGUGUACAUAGACCAUAUAAAUAUAUAUAUAUAAAUAUAUAUAUAUACAGAAUAUAAAUAUAUAUAUAUUAUAUACAGAUUUUAAAAAGAGAUAAUGCCUAUGUACCAGGGAGAAGGAGCCGGACGGCCUCCUGUGCUGGCCGGGCCGAGGGGCCGAGGAGGGCAGGGACCACCUCUCAGCACCGACCUCCCCUGAUCCUCCUCCUCCCCAUCCCUUCCCCCACCCCCAACCCUUUCCCUCACUGGCCGUCCUUGGCUCUGAGAAGGGAAAUGUUGUUGAGCCAAAGUUAUGCCUGUGAAGACCCUGGGGUCUCGAAGUCUCAAGGGGGCAUUGCUUAAGGUGCUUCAUUCCCCAAUCCUCUUUUGAUUUGUCUCCAAAAUAAAAGAGAAUCCCCCCCCCCCCCCCCCCCCCCCAGCUUCCCCAGGUGCUCUCUUGUGAACAGGAAGCAUCCAGGGCGGGAGCCCAAUCAAAAGUCUGCCACCUGAGGCCACGCCCCUUUCUGUGGACGCCACGCCCCCAGCCCUGUUGGGGGUUGGAGGGCUGGGAAGGCUGUGCCUGCGUGAUUGGGCUUUGUAGCUGAAGGCUCCCCUGGGGACUUGUGUACCUAACGGUGUUCUCCUCCAUCACCCCUGCACCUUCCCCUAACCCGUGUAGGGUGUGGACCCAGUAAGGGCUGGGAAUUUCUGACCUUCCCACCCCCCUUCUCUCUGGUCUUCUCCCAGGCUGGAUCUGGGUGAAGUGUCACUUUUUAGUGCCUAAAGCCCUAUUUUUUCUCUGUGCCCUAAGAGCACACAUUGUUUAUUAGCCAGGAUGGAGCAUUUUUGAUCUUGUUAAACCCCUUUUUAAGUGGUUAUAAGCAAGGAGGGCCUGUGGCUCUAAUUCCUUCGUUUUGAGCUGUCCAUUUGAUUUCCGGGACGAUCCAGGGUGCCCUAGGGACGUCCGGGGUUUGGGAGAGUGAGUGCCCUCACAUUGUACAUAUUAUGGGUUCACACGGAACGCUGUGUAAGUAGUGAGCAACUUGGUGAGUGCUCACUUGGCUGCCAGCAUCGUUUACUCUAAGAGAAGAGCCAACUUUAGUCAAGGGAGACACCGGAGACCUUCUGCACAAGGAAGGAGAUCUAGGCUUUUGGAAGGAAUACAUUUGGGAAACUUGCGUGCAUUUGUGAAGGAAAAGGCCUGAUUGAGUCUCUGCCCUUUGGAGGCCAUUCCAAAUCCUGUUUCUAAGACUUAGGAGAAUUCUGGUAAAGGGGGCAAAGCCUUCUCUGGUCUCUGGCCCCAGGGAGGUAUGAGAGCACUAGGGAGAAGAAAGUGAGUCAUCCAGAUCCAUUUUGGAGUUGGUUCACUAGGAUUCGUGCACUUAUCUGACCUCUAUCUGACCUCGUCGGGCCCUUGUAGCCACGAUUACCAUUUUUUAUUCACUAACUGCUAUUCUAACAUAUAAUGACCAGAGGGAUCCUGCCAGCCCCAGGCAGAGCUCACAGUGCUCAGUCAGGAAAGGAUUGUACCAGUUUGGCAAGGAAAGUUCUUUUAGAUUGCUCAUUAUUCUAGUGGGCCUCUUGAUGCGAGGGACAGAAGAAACGCAGGGCUUCUCACUGAUGUGGCCCCAAAGAAGGGCAAGUUGUGUUCUUCUCUUGGAAUGGCCGGAGCAUCCCACUUUUAUAAUCAAAGACAAGUUUUUGACUUUUUAGUCUGAGAAUAUGGCCUUAUUAUUGCCCUAAGAGCAGGAAUACAUGCCCCAGGGGAGUAGGCUGAGAAGGCUCCACAGAAUCAGCUAGAAUUGAUAUCCCUCCUCUAGAAAAGGAGAUGUGAGGGAUGGAGUUGAACAUAAUCCUUGGGAAGGGUGCAUAGGCCCACGGGUCAUUGGGUCACCACUCACUCUUGUCUGGGGCUUUGAAUGGGAGACACCCUGGUGAGGGUCAGGGCUCGUGGGCCCUGGGCCAAAGGAGGAAUAGUGCAGACUGCUAGAAAUUUUCCUGGUGCAGUGGCCAGAAGCCAAAAUUAGUCUCAGAAACUUUUGAAAGCAAAAAUGGUAAAUUCUCUAACUUAAUCCAUGUACCGUUAUUUAUCUAAAUCCAUUCAAUUGUUGAAGGUCCCAUGGCGGGACCUUUGGGGUGACUUACAAAGGGUUCUCUGCCAGCAGUAAAGUAAUACAAGUGGGCCUGGCUAUGCAGAGUUGCUCAGCUUUUGCUUUACCUCUUCAGCCAUUCCAGGGAGGAGUAGGUAACAGGGAGGGACGCAUUUAGUAUGUCCAAGGAAUCAUCAUGGUUUCUGGGGGCGUGAGCCUGGGAGACAGGGUCUACACACAGGGAACGUCCCUCCACCUGCCUCUUUCCUAGGAAUCAUGAUCUCUCUGGUGGGCCCUCUCUGAUAUAAUAAUGUUUUAAACCUUCAAGCCAGGAGAAAGCUCAGCACCUCUGUUGACUCCCAAACAAAAACUCCCCCCCCCCCCUUCCCCUUACUCAAUAGCCUGUCAAAGAAAAGGGAUUCAUCUUCCAGCCAGUGCUUUGUUUUUGUUCAUGUAAGAAUUCUGGUCACAUAGGAGUCUUUAUGUGAGGAUUUCUGUCAUAACAAUUGAGAGCUUGCGCUCAAAGAUUUUGCAAAGUUUCUAACCAGGUGGCAAACAACUACUGGGUCUAUACUUCCAACUGCAGUGUACUUGAAGGGAUUAAGAUUGGCCUUGGAGAAUCCACUCGUGUCUACAACUCGUCCGUCCCCCGUCCACCUCCCUGGCACAGGGGCAACAAGACCGGCAACCUGAAGCUGUCUGUAAGGGCACUGGGCAGAGUCAGGAGACCUGGGCCCGAGGCCUGGCUCUGCUCUUAGACAAGUCCCUUCCCCUUUCUGAACAUCAGUAUCCUCGUUUGUAACAGGAAGGGGGGUAGGCUAGACUGUCUCGAAGAUAGGUUCUAGCUGAGCAUUGUCUUGGAGGCUGGGUCAGAGACUGGCAAGGCAGGGCUUUCUCAAACGUGGAAGGUGCUCUGCCAGAAGAGAACAAGCGUCUGGGCUAGAGCUUCCCUGGUGUUUAGAGGGGUGGUAGGACAGCAUCAGGGUUCCCAAGAAAUCCAGGGUAGUUAACUUUCUUCUUUAUGGGCUGGCAGGACUAGGGAGGCCUAGUGAGGUAGGGAAGGGGAGAUCAGGUUUGUCGUAUUUCCCAGUAUUAACCUAGGAGGGUGGUUCUUCCUUUGUUGGCUUAGUCUUUGUUUGGGAAGGGACUUUCUCUAAGUGGGGAGGAGGACAAUGGCAAGAAUGGCACCAUCUUGGAUUGAGCUCAUCUUUCGUCUCUAGGACAGAUAAAGCCUUUCAUCUGUCCAUCCUUCCUCCUCCUUGCUAGAAGAAACACUGGAGAGAAGCCAUUCCUGGCCCUAGCACUUCUCUUUUGGCUCAAUUCAAACCUUGUUGGGUUUUAGAUUAAUUGUGAACCUUUGGCUAAAAUCCUUGGGUUGCUUUAGAGCACUGACCCUAAGAAUCUGGGAUUUUAGGAAGGGGGAGGGGGAUCAAGAAACCUCAAAGAGGAAUGCUUUGCUAGAAAUGGCUUCCCUCUGUGUCCCUCUCCCUGAUCCAUGCUUGAACCAUGUCUAAAUCAUUUGUGGACAGCAUUUCUAGGGUGAAAUCUUGCAGAAAGGACUAGGGGAAGACUCUUUCUAGACUAUUUGUGGUCCCAGAAGGAUGCUUUCUGUGCCAUACUGUGCUGUUGCUUUAGCUCUGCAGGGCAGCCAAAGCCAGCCCUUCCUCUGUAGGGCCCCCAGGUGGCAGGGCUGUGGUCUCCCUCCCCACACCCCCGGACCCCACCUCCCCACUCCAGUCGGAAACUUGAGAACCUGGCUUCCUGACUCUCUCCUCCCCCACCUUUUGUCUCUAGGCUGUGGGACAAUCAUCCCAUCCACCACUUGACAUCCUUGACCCUCGUCCCCCAGCCUCCAGCAGGCUAUCCCCACUCCCUCCACCUCUAUGUUUUCUUCCAGAAGAUGCGUUUUGGGUCCGAGUGGAGCGAUUUUCUGGAAGGCCGUCUUUUUAACGCCCCUGCUUCCCUGAUGUGGAGUAGGGAUUUGCACAAGGUGUAGAGAGCUCCCUCCCCACCUCUCUGCCCAGCCUUGUUACCUCACUCCUGCUUCAGCCAUGGCUGCAAUGGGCCCAGCCAGCUCCCUGUCUUGGUGUUCUGUACGACAGCUCAGGGGUCUUGGGCAUUGUUUUCUGUUGUGACUUGAGGUCCUCAGCAGGCCUGGGAGCCUGGAUUGGAGCCUUGGCUGCUGGCGAGAAGCACCUUGCCUGCCAAGAGGAGCUGAUGCCAGACGAUCUACCCGACAUGUGAAAGCAUAAAGAAUAUUGUCAUCUCUGCCCCUUGGCCCCCUUGCUUCCCUCGACACAGUGAGACGCUGCAGAAGCAAAAUGGCGGCCUCUGCUCCAGGCAAGACAGCUGGCUGUCUGGGGAGUUGGCCCUGGGCUUGGAUGCCACGUGCUGAGAUCGCGUAACAAAAGCAACCAUAUUUGCCAACGGUAGUGUGUGGCUCCCCACAUUUCCCUAUCCUGCACUCUAGGGCCAGACCACUCUCUGCAUGGACCAGAUCAUCUUCCCAAACCCAUGGUGCUUUUCCCCCCACUCAGCCUAGACUUCAAGGUGGGGAGGAUGGGUCAGAGGCCAUAAUGGCCCCUGGAUAAUCCUGACAAGGGGUGGAGUGGGGUGAGGCAGAGGGAGCAGCCCCCAACACCUGCACUGGGCCAUAUAUGGGAAAGAACACAGGUUGAUUGCAGUCGAGUUGUCUGGCCAUCUGUAUUUGGAUCUAUAACUGUACUUUGCCUGGCGCUGUGCGCAAGGUCUGAAAACUUAACUGCUAUUACCUAGAAACCAUACACGGCUUCCCAGCCAAAUCUUAAUGUAAAGUAGCUAGAGCCAUGGAAGUACAGUAUGAAUUAAAAGAAAAAGUAUUGAACUACAAAUAAUAAAUGGUGUGUGUGUUUAUUGCUGGA